CAUCUCAAAACCCAUCACACUUUGCCUCGCUUGAAUCCGACGACCUCGUUUCAUUUCUCUUGCCUUCUAAAAAAUGUCAUCUCGCUACAGGCCUCUCUCUAAACCAAUUUCUCUUCUCAAAUCCAUCACUAACAAACCCAGCCUUCAACCCAAAUCCACACCAUCUUUUCUCCCUAAACGCUCUCCUAGCACAGUUUCAAGGCCAGUUCCUCAACCGGGUGACAUUCAAUCUCUGCUUCCACUUCAUUCGGCUGUCUCAUCAGCUAGGCCAGUUCCAAGCCUGUGCAAUACUUAGCAGAUGAACUAUCUUGAAAAGAGUUCAGAUGCCUGAUAGUCUUGUUGUCAUUUCAUCCUGGCUUUGUCAAGAGCCUCAGAAAGAGUCUGAUUCAUGGCAGCAAAAUAAAUAAUAUUAGCUCAGGUGAAACAAGCAAACAGAUCAACCAUUUCAGGACUUCCUGGGGGAAAUUAUUGGAGUUUGAACUUCUAUUUGUUGCUAUAUGCAAAAGCAUUCAUGGUAUAAAGAUGUCAGACUUAAUCAGGCCCUCACAUUUAAGAGCCAGAUGCUGGAGUGAAACAAAGGAUAACGUGAGUGUCCUAGAUUAAAUUAUCCAAAUUCCCUAAUCACUUGUGAUUAUAAUGUUUGGAAUUUCUUAUGGAGAACUCUUUCUCUUGCUUGGGGCCACUGCUGCACUAAUCGGACCCAAGGAUCUACCAUUAAUAGCCAGAACUGCAGGGAGAUUGACUGGUCGAGCCAUUGGGUAUGUGCAGAUGGCUCGUGGCCAAUUUGACUCUGUUAUGCAGCAAUCACAAGCUCGCCAGGUUCACAAGGAACUUCAAGACACAAUGGCUCAACUUGAUGCUAUACGUCAUGAAAUUCGAAGCAUAUCUGUCUUGAAUCCUGGUCCAUUAACUCGGAGACUAGUGGAUAAUCUUGACCCUCAGCCUACUAAUAAUGCCAGUGGUAUGCCUGAAAAUGCAGAUGCAGAGAAUGUACCAAACCCCACAAUUUCCAAGGUUUAUACUGAACAAACAGCUGGAGAAAGUUUACCAACAGCUAAUAUUUCCAAGGUUUCUGGUGCGAAAGUCUCAGAUUCAUGUGAUUUGCACAGCCAAGCCACUGCUUAUGCAAGAUUGGCUGAAUCCUCAGCCCUGAAAACUGGGCCAGUGCACAGUGGGGCAGGUGCAGGGGAGUUGACUAGUGAUAAUGGUCUUUUAAAUGUUUUGCCUGUGUCUGCUGAAAGCACUGGUCUUUUGCCAAAUCGUCAGGGUGUUGUUAACGGAUCUGACAUUGUGCUGGAGGCUAUACUGGAGGCUGAGGUGGCUCGCAGUGCCAAAGAUUUUUUCGCACAGCCUACAAAUCAGAUCAAAUAUGAUGAGAGGUAGCAUUUAAUAAUAGGCUCUUGUUUUUGCUGGAAAUGUCACCAGUUGCCGAUACUGUUCUAAAAAAGGAUGCUUGAUUUUCAAACAAGAUCAAGGAUGAAACUUAAGAUGAUUGAGGCUUUCCAAUGGCAGCCUUGGAAAAUACGGGCUGUUUCUUAGCAAGGAUUGACAAUAAGUACUCUGCAAGUAAUUUAUGUGCGUAGGAAACCAACCUAUUAUAUAGACUUCCACAGGUUUUUGUAUAUAAGCAUGGAUUUAUCUUUUUUGAAUAAGCCAUUUUACUUGUAGAUUUUGUACUUCCCA